AUGUUCCACAACACAUCAUCCCAUCCCUCAACAGUGUUGUUGGGCACUUUACUUGUGAAGCUGGUAUCGCCCACCGGAGUUAGCCAUGUAUUUCGAGCUCUCGCUGACUCUGGUAGUCAAUCAUGUUUUCUCACAGAACAUGCUGCUCAACUUUUAUGUGUCUCACGCACAAAAAGUGCGCCUAGUGUAGUAGGCCUCUCUCAAAUACCUACUCGAUGUAAAGGUGCCACUUCUCUCAAGGUAGAGACAUUGAAUGGAAAAACUAUCUCUACUGAAUCAAACUUUUUAAUUCUUGAUAAAAUAUGUGUUGAUUUACCCCGCAUGCCUAUAUCCUCUGGUGUCAUUGAGAUGGUAAAUUCUUACGUUUUGGCUGGUCCCAUGUUCCAUUUACCUGGUGGGAUUGAUGUUCUUUUAGGUGGAUCACUUUUCCCUCUCAUGCUCACUCAAGCAGUUCACAACCUCGGGCCUAACCUACCAAGUUUAAUAGGCUCACACUUUGGAUUUUUGGUAAUGGGUGACGCACCCUGUGCAAUCAAGCUGGAUGAUGACACUAGUUCUCACAUGUCAACCAUGCUUUUGGCAGUCAAUGACAUUGAACUGCACAAUUCUAUCCAGCGGUUUUGGCACCAGGAGGAGCCACCAGUCGCAUCAAAGCAAUCAGAUGAUGAUAAAAUGUGUGAAGAACACUUCCUCUCCACUCACUCUCGGGACCAAUCUGGCAGAUAUUACGUCCGACUACCGUUCAAGACUGAACACCCUGCUCUAGGAAAUUCUGUCUUUGCUGCAGAGAAAAGACUACACUCACUUCAGAAAAAGUUUAAGGCUCAACCUCAAUUCAAAUCUCUAUAUUUCGACUUCAUGUCUGAUUAUUCGUCUUCGGGACAUAUGGAACUUGCUCAUAAUGUUGACUUAUCCGCCCCGCAUUACUAUUUACCUCAUCAUGGGGUGUUGAAGGAAUCAUCCAGUACCACUAAACUACAUGUACAGACAGAUCUGUCCAAAGUCCAUUCUGAGGACCAGAAGUUUCACUAUAUCCUAUGGCAUACUCGUCCAGAUCAACCACCCUCUACCUUCAGACUUACCACAGUAACCUAUGGAGUCAAUUGCUCACCGUACCUCGCAAUCAGGACUUUGCACCAACUUGCCAAUGAUGAAGGCGACUCGUUCCCUGAAGCGGCAGAGAUUCUUCGAACACAAACCUUCGUUGACGAUGUGAUUUCUGGUGGAGAUUCCGAAGAAGAAGCUUUAAGACUCCAGAGACAACUCAUCGCCCUAUUAGCACGUGGAGGCUUUGAGCAAAGGAAAUGGACUUCCAACUCCAGUCGACUUCUUCUAGAUCUUCCAGAUGGUCAUCGAGAGACUCCGGUGUUCCUUCAAGAUAGUUCACAGCCUCAUGACACCAUUUUAGGCAUUCACUGGCCUCCAGUUACUGACUGUUUUACAUACAAUUUUAAUUUUUCCGCAAGCGCAACUACAAAGCGUCAGGUGCUCAGUGUGAUUGCACAAAUAUAUGACCCCUGUGGUUUCCUCUCCCCAAUUGUGAUGUGGGCAAAACGUUUUAUGCAGCUCUUGUGGACCAAAGGAUUGGAUUGGGAUCAAACACUUCCCGCUGCCCUACUCGAAAUGUGGCAAAGUUUCACUUCAUCUACAGACAGCCUGCGAGAGAUUUCAAUUCCUCGAGCUUUUCAAGUGUCACGAGCAUGCACUACUGCCUUACAUGGCUUCUCAGAUGCCUCCGAGAAUGGUUAUGCUGCAGUUGUUUACUUGCGCUGUGAACUCAGUGAUGGGACUGUCACAACAAUCAGACAGAUUAUGUCAAAGACUCGGGUUGCUCCCUUAAAAAAAACUUACAAUUCCACGCUUGGAACUAUGCGCCGCCCAUCUUCUUGCCCAGAUAGUAGCCUAUGUGGUUUCUAUUUACAAGAUAAAAUUAAAGAUUUCAUCCAUCAUUCUCUGGUGUGA